UAUGACGUCAGUGAACAGAACAGGUGCGCACGUUCAGUCCGCGUCGACAGUUCUGAUUGGAGGAGAGACGUUUGAGUGUAUCCUGAUUGGUUGAGCGGUGAUGGGGCGUGUCCACAGGUGCAGUGCUGCGCUUCUACCGUACAGGGAAGUGAACACAGUUCAACAGACAAACAUCUCACAUUGGACGUCAUUAUUAAUUUAUAAACUGGCAGAUGUGGGAGGUUUUAUUAGCAGGGAGGAAUGACCACACUGACCAAGAGGAACCGGCGCUCUGAGGCUCCAGCGGAGCGAUGGAGUAACGCUGAGGAGAAGGAGGAGAAAACAGACGGCACGGAUGAGGAACAGGACACCGACUCCAAAUCACUGAGACUCACUCUGAUGGAGGAGAUCCUGCUGCUGGGGCUCAAAGAUAAAGAGGGCUACACGUCGUUCUGGAACGACAGCAUCUCGUCAGGCCUGCGCGGCUGCAUUCUGGUGGAGCUGGCGCUGAGAGGACGCAUUCAGCUCGAACCGCAGAGCUCACGCAAGAGGAAACUACUGGACCGCAAGGUGUUGGUGAAGUCCUCUGCUCCCACUGGUGACGUGCUUCUGGAUGAAGCGCUGAAGCACAUCAAGAACACUGAACCACCAGAGGAUGCAGCCAGCUGGAUCGAGCUGCUCACAGGCGAGACGUGGAACCCCUUAAAGCUGCACUUCCAGAUGCGUAACGUGCGCGAACGUCUGGCCAAGAGUCUGGUGGAGAAGGGCGUCCUGAGCACGGAGAAGCAGAACUUCCUGCUGUUCGACAUGACCACACACCCGCUGACGGACAGCAGCGAGAAGCAGCGUCUGGUGCAGCGUCUGCAGGACGGUCUGCUGGAGCGCUGGACCAACGACUGGCGCCGCAUGAGCCGCCGCAUGCUAGCGCUGAUCCUGCUAGCGCACGCCGCAGACGUGCUGGAGAGCGCACUGAGCUCACUGAGUGAUGAGCGCUACGACACGGCCAGCUCACGCUCACGUAGCCUGCUGGAGGCCGACCCCGACCUGGAGAGUGCAAAGGUCACGACCCCCGCCGAGGAGAUGAUCUGGACCGUGCUGGCGGCCUUCAACAGAUCCUGAGAGAACACUCCACACUCACUACAGAGACAGCAGCAGCAUCACGCCGUUAACUGCAGCUAAACACAUCAAACAGACAGCUUUCUUACAUUUAUAGAUUCAGUCGCUUUAAAAUGAAGUUCUUUUAUUACAUUUUUGGCUUUAAAUAUUUUUAGUUUUAGUCAUUUUAAUACUUCAUCUUCAGCUUAUUUAAUUACAGUUAGUUGCCAAUGAAAUUUUUCAUAAAUAUUUUA